AUGAGCAAUCCAAUUCGUGUAUUGGUUACUGGUGCAGCUGGUCAAAUCGGCUAUUCUUUGGUUCUUCAAAUCGCCAAAGGAUACGUUUUUGGAAAUGAAACUGUAUGGUUUUAUAGGUGUUUUUUUUUGAGUGGUUAAAAAAAUUUUUUAAAGAUUUACUAUAUAUAUGGCAAAAAUUGUUUAUGAACUUUACUUUUUUACUGUUUGAAUUUAAUUAUUUUAAUUCUUACAGCCAAUCACUUUGGUCUUGCUAGAUAUUGCUCCAAUGUUGGAAGUUUUGCGAGGUGUUCAGUUCGAACUCACUGACUGUGCUUUAGACAUUCUGAAAAAUGUUGAGAUUUGCACGACCGAAGAAGCUGCCUUCAAAGAUAUUGACUAUGCUUUUCUGGUUGGAGCUAUGCCAAGAAGGGAAGGAAUGGAGAGAAAGGACCUCUUGGCUGCCAAUGUCAAAAUCUUCAAAUCUCAAGGAAAGGCUUUGGCUCAAUAUGCUAAGGCAACAACAAAGGUACGGUGGUUUUAUUUGUUGCAGUUUUUAAAUUUUGUUUCAAUUUUUAUUAAUAGUUCAUUGUAAAUUUUUUACUAUUUGCUCCUUGUAAUUAAAUCACAGAUUUAUUCCGACUAGAAACUAAAUCUUUUUGUAGAUAAUAGAUCUAUUUUUUAAAACAUUAUUAUUUUAUGCUCAAUACGGAGGUAUACUAUUUCAGGUGUUGGUAGUAGGAAACCCUGCCAACACCAACGCUUUUAUUGCUGCCAAGUACGCUGAUGGCAAGAUCCCAGCCAAGAACUUUUCCGCGAUGACUCGUCUGGACCAUAACCGUGCUUUGGCUCAAGUCGCAUUGCGUUCUGGAGUAUCGGCGGCUUCUGUAAAGAACGUUACCAUCUGGGGAAAUCACUCAUCUACGCAAUUUCCAGAUGUUAAGCAUGCUAAAGUCACUAAGGGUAAGUGUGUAGUUUCAAAAAAUUAGGUUUGUGUCGAAAAGAGAACAUUUUAAAGUUUUAUGAUUUAAGUCUUGUCUUGAACAUUUCACAUUUAGGUGGCCAAGAAACCGAUGCUUAUUCUGCCGUUGGAGAUGAAGGCUGGCUCAAGGGUGAAUUUAUUUCAGUAUGUUUAAAAAAUUUUACAAUAGUUGUAUCAUACAACUUGUAUGCCGAUUUUUGUGCCAUAUUCUAUGAGGAUAAAUUUGUUUUGGAAUAUCAUUUUACUUUUACAGCUCGUCCAAAAGCGUGGUGCCGUGAUUAUUGAGAAGAGAAAGCUCUCGUCCGCCAUGUCAGCCGCUAAGGCUGCAUGUGAUCACAUCCGCGACUGGCACGUUGGUACCCCGUCUGGGCAAUGGGUAUCCAUGGCCGUUCCUUCCGAUGGCUCAUACGGUAUCCCAGAAGGUCUGAUUUUUUCCUUCCCAGUCACCAUCCAAAACGGAGAAUGGAAGAUUGUGCAAGGAUUGGAAUUGGAUGACUUUGCAAAAGAAAAGAUUGCCGCCACAACAAAGGAAUUGGUCGCCGAAAGAGACGACGCUCUGGCCGCCUGUACCGAUUAA